AUGGCACCGCCGUUUAACUCCGGUACGACGAAGCUCGAUACUCUAUUCAGCGUGGGCGAGGAGCGGACGGUCGUACUCGCUAUAGACACUUGCAAGUCGUGCCUUAACGCGUUCGACUCCCUCGCUGCCUCCUGCCACAAAACGCAAUCAUUCCUCCCCGCGAAUCUCGCCGCUUCUUCUACGGAGUUCCAACUCAAACCGACGGACCGCCUUGUGGUGGUGUUCCACCACGCGAACCACACGCCCAUUAGCAUCAUGACACACCUCCCGCGUCAUCAGCUGUGGCGGCCGCAGCUAAACCCUUCAAACGUGGUGCGGCAGAUGCAAGAGGCGGGGCGCGCGGACGCGGCGCCGGUGGUGGUGAUGGCGCUGAUGGCGGAGCGCGAGGUUCGGCGCACGCUGGCGGAGAGGACGGCGUGGGAUCGACGCACCAAGCGCGCGGUCAUGCGCAUGGCAGCUGUUGCGCGCGUGUGCAAGGUGAGGAAGGAGGGGGAAGGUGGGUUUGGUAGGGAAUGCAAGGCGAGGGUACUGCGGGAGGUCGCCACGUGGGGGUGGUAG